AUUCGACACGGAUAGAUAAAUAUCUGGUCCUAUUCCGAAUUGUCAACUUGAAAAGUGCUGCUGUAAAAUACAAUGGUUUAAUUGUUUGACAUUGAGAGUAUACUUAUAAUACCUACCUAAUAGAUAUGACCUCGAGUGUAACGUAGUUUCACAAAUAAAUACAAUCAUACAUAUAAUUUUGAUAACAUUUUGAACCAAAUUCAUACUUAUAUGUGUAAUGUUAUGCAGCUUCUACACUUCUGCGUAUAAAUAUUAUAUCGAACAAUCAUGUUUUUUCAAUUCAUUUCGUCGUAAAUUUUUGAAUCUGUCGUAUAUUGGAUAUCGAAUCGUGUGAUUAUUUUACUCAAAGUUCCCUCCUCCCCUCAAAUAUCUGUUUUUAAAGGCAUCAGUUGGACCGUAUUUUUAUACCUAUUUUCAACAUUGGGUACACAAAUGUUUUAGAGUAAAUCCAACCUAGGUCUGAUACCAGUAGCUAUUCUUUUGCUGCGUGAAGAUGGCGUUGUUUGGAAUUCUCGACAUUGUCGACUCUGCAUCGUUGCUGAUUGUUUUGGGAGUUAUUUUGAUUACAUUUCUAAUCAAGUACAUCGUUACCAAGUGUCAACGAGAUCCUCGUAUGGUGAAAUUAGCCAAAACCUUGCCAGGUCCUCCAGCAUUACCUCUGGUUGGGAAUAGUUUGGAUUUUCAUUACAAAGGAGAUUCGGUGAAGCUGGCUGUCGAGUACAAUAAAAAAUACGGCGAUACGUAUCGAUUAUGGUUGGGCAAAUACCUUGCGGUAACAUUUUGCAACAUUGAUGAUUUAGAAACUGUGUUCAUGAACUCGAAAAUGUUGGGAAAACCAAAACUUUUUCAACCAUUUGAGGAUUUCUUCGGUGACGGGAUAUUCGUUACACGCUCAAUUUCAAAAUGGAAAAAGAAUAGAAAAUAUUUUUUACCUGUGCUAAACCGCAAUGCGUUUCCCAGAUAUACAUCCAUAAUUAACGAGAAAACUGAAUUUGUGGCUAAGAAAAUGCAAGAGUUGGUAGAUGGUCCAGUAUUUGACGCUUGGGAUUACAUGCCGAACUUGGCUUUUGAUAUUAUUCUCAAAUCAUCGAUGAAUGUUGAUCUGGACUGGAACGAUAGUUUACUUUUGCAGUAUUACAGUGCUGCUGUUGAGGCUAUAGACUUAUGUUUUAAAAAAUUAUUGUCACCUUGGUUGCAACACAAGGUGAUUAAUUAUUUGUUAUACAAGAACAAAUCCACAAAAGCUCGAAAAACAGUUGAGGAAUUUAUUCGAAAACUGAUUGCAGACAAAAAGGAAGAAAUUCUGAGUGAAAUAGAAGUCCAUAAAAACAACACUGUGGCAAGCCCAGACGGUGUUCCUCCGAAACGAUUUCUAACUUUGGCUUACGAAUUGGCAGAACUGGAAAAUGAUGAAAAUAUCAUGCUAGACGAACUUAUCACAAUACUGUCAGGGGGAACAGAUCCAGGGCUCAUAACCUCAUUGUUCCUAUUGAUGGUUGCUAUGCAUCCAGAUAUACAGGAUAAAUUAUACGACGAGCUGUACGAAAUUUUUGGAGACAGUGACAGACCAGCUGAUGAAAAUGAAGUGGAACGAUUGCCAUACCUGGAUCAAGUUUUGAAAGAAACUUUGCGAAGAUUUCCAGUACCUGUGAUGUUUCGUGAAGCCGAGGAAGAUAUUAAAAUAGGAGAUCGAAUUAUUCCGGCUGAUACCAUCGUAAUCGUAUCGAAUUCCGCGGUACACUUUAAUCCUGAAUAUUAUCCCGAUCCUUGGAAAUUCAAUCCAGAUCAUUUUAGUCCUGAAAACGUGGAAAAACGUCCCAAAUUGGCAUUUUUAGCUUUCAGUGCUGGUCCCAGAAUGUGUAUAGGAUACAAUUUUGGUAUGUUUGAAAUGAAACUAACGCUGAGUGCAUUGCUGAGAAAAUUCACGUUUCAUACAACCAUGAAAUUGGAGGACGUUCAUAUGGAUAAUGGACUCAUGAUGACUUCCGUGAAUGGAUAUAAGUUGACUGUUACAUCGCGAGUCAGGAAACCUUCUUAUUUGAAGAAAUAAAAAUUAAUUUAUUAUCGGAUUAACAGUGGCUUAUUUCUUAAUUUGUAUUACCCAAUUUAAUCAGAUACUUAUAUAGGUAGAUAUUAGGUGAAUGAGGUGUGUAAAAUAUAUGAACGUUAUGGAAUGGAUUAUUUUUUUUUUUUUUACUUCAUCAUUUUUACAGAAAUAAAUUUUAUAUGGAA